AGAGGGGGAAUGAGAUUUCCAAGACAUGGGGCUCUAGCCACAGACUUCCAAUGUCCCCAAACUUCAGGGCCGCUGCCAGCCUGGGAACUUCCCUGUCUCCCUCUCGAUUUCCCAGCGCUUCAGCUGGCGCUCGCAGUCGUCCCAGCGGCCAGCCCCCGCCUCUCUUCUCAGGAAGCCUGGGUCUCCCUUGGAGCCACGCUGCCCUGCGGGGAGGUUCUGUGCUCGGUGCCCCGCAGCUCGGCUGGGCCUUCCGGGCGGACAACAGAGGGGCUCUGCGCCCCCCGCGCGGCACGUGCUAACCCCGGCAGGAGGGAGCGUCUGGGCGGAGGAGCGAGGAGGAGGAGAGCGAGACGCGCGCUAGAGCCUCAUCCCGGGCGCCCUGGUCGGCCGCGGAAGAGCUGCAUCCUCCAACAGGAAGCUGUGCAUCUCUGACAUGCUAUCUGCUCUUCUCGGUGCCUGAGGCUCCUGCAUCCCAGCUCAUCCAGGAAGCACAGCCCUACAGACAGAGACCCUUGUUGAGAACAGGAAGGAAGUUUCCACCACCCUGGCCUUGACAUCUGGCACAGCCUUUGUCUCAUCUGGUCUCCUCCCACAAGGUGGCUGCAUUUCCCCAGGGUGGGCCAGCCAGACUGCUGCAUGCAAAUUCAGCCACGGGCUAGGGAACACUAACCAAAGCCUGAAGGAUGGACUUCGUCAUGAAGCAAGCCCUCGGAGGGGCCACCAAGGACAUGGGGAAGAUGCUGGGGGGAGAGGAGGAGAAGGAUCCUGAUGCACAAAAGAAAGAGGAAGAGCGACAGGAGGCCCUGCGGCAGCAGGAGGAGGAGCGCAAGGCCAAGCAUGCACGCAUGGAAGCCGAGCGUGAGAAGGUCCGGCAGCAGAUCCGAGAUAAGUACGGGCUGAAGAAGAAGGAAGAGAAGGAGGCGGAGGAGAAGGCAGCCCUUGAACAGCCCUGUGAGGGAAGCCUGACCCGGCCCAAGAAGGCCAUCCCUGCAGGCUGUGGGGAGGAGGAGGAGGAAGAAGAGGAGAGCAUCCUGGACACAGUGCUCAAAUACCUGCCUGGGCCACUGCAGGACAUGUUCAAGAAGUAACCGGUCCUCCUACUCCAGCCCCACAUUAGGAUUUUGUUGUUGUUGUUCUUUCUUUUCUUCUCAUUCAGUUAAGUCUCAAUUCCAAAGGGGAAAACCUCAGUUGGCCUCUGCUCCCCCUCCCUAGCCAGGGUCUCCUCCCCUCAGAACUCUCUUAUACCCUUCUUCACCCCAGAGUACCUAGUCCUGUUCCACUCCCACAGUAGUUUGAAAAGGGGAAGACAGCUUUACUCCAGGAGGGGGCAUUCAACCCAGAGCCAAAGGCAUCAGAUGCCCCUUCAGAAGCCCAAGGUCCAUGUUAGUGUGGUGACCCAUACAUUCCUUCGUGCUCCCCACUGCCAGGAGGACCACUGUCCCCAGUCAGCCAAAGUAAUGACACAUUCCAGCCCUGCCCAGCAUGCUGACCUUUGGCCUCUGAACCCCCAGUGGAAGUCCAGGUCAGGGCAGAGGCACUGAGUGACCUGGCUCUGAGAAAGGAAAUCAGAGUAAACUUGUCCUGUAAAGGCCUAGCCUGAGAGGCUCUGGGUCUGACCAGGCUAGAGUCUGCUGGGCAGGAGGCUGGGGCUCUCCUUUUUCCUCUUCCUGGUGACACCUACCCAGGACCAUACCUUUCCCCAACCCCCACCCAAAGAAGCAUGGCCCCUGCCAAACUGGUCCCUCCAAAUGGAUCCUCUUCGGACUUUAGCACACCUGUGGAGGAGCCCAGGGCAGGGCAACCCCUUGGUCUCCCUCACUGACUUAGGUCCUGGGACCCCACUGCCAGGCUAGGCCCCAGUUUGCCCAGCCAAAGGGCUGCCCCAGGCCCCCAGAAAACACUUGGAGCCAUCGGGCAGUAAUGGUCUGUACCAUGGGACCCCCUCAUUGGUACAGCCAAACUGCCCCCAUUCCUAUCCACCCUCCUUCCCCUCCCUGUCCUGUCCAUGUGCUUCCAUGUCCCCAUUGUCCCCAGGAGGACUCUUCCUGGCCAAAACCCCAAACAAUGGGAGAGAAGCCAGUUCCCACCUGACAGAAAGCUGCCCAUUCUUCCUGUUGACCAAGAGUGAACUCCCUUCUGGGGUGUAUGGGACUAGUAUCUGUCCUCACCCAACAUUGACAAGGCUUCCUGCUCUGUCAGUUUAUGGGAAUGGAGUAGGGACACAGGGGGGAUGUCCAUGCAUACCUGAUAGUGUGUGGCAGGCCACAUCAUGCAUAUAUGGUUAGAAUGUGGUAUGGCUUGAGGUCACAUGUGUGUGUCGGUCAUCAUACCUCUGUGUUAGAUACUGUGUAUGUGAGGUACCUCGUGUGUAUUUGUUUGUUUGGUGUGGUGUGCUUGAGUUUCAAUUAUGUUCUAAGUGUGUGCUUGCCAUCUUGUGUGUUUAAAGAUUGCAUGUGUUGGGCUAUAUACGCAUGUAUUUUGAAAAUGGCAUUUGUGUCAUGAGGGGUAGUUACAUGUUAGACGAUGUGUUUGAGAGAACUGUCAGAUGUGCUAAGACAGUUGUUGAUGUGUGCAGGUCUAAAUAGGCAGUUGUGUGUAUAGAUGUGUGCUUGGAGAGAAAGAACCAGGGUGAAAUGCUCCCUUCCACCCCAAGACCACUAGUCACAGGGAGCCACAUCUAACAAGAGACCUUACCCUUGGCCUAGAGUCCUCCCACCCUUUGGGGUUUCCUACCUGAGGUCCUCAGAACUCUACUGGGACAGACCCAGGCAGUGCCCCAGGAAGCCAUGCUGGGCCCCCACCAGGGCCUAUCCCAAAAGCAGGGGCCAGGGAGGGGGCAACUUGCCUGCCCCCAAAGCCCCUGUCCCACUGGCCCAGUUUGCAUUCUGCAGGUUUUCCAUUUUAGUAGACUUAUGCUUUUAUUUCAGAGAAGACAUGGGUCUUCCUUGUCCGUUUCCAAUAGUUAAAGCCAUAUAAGUUAGACUGCAAUACUUUAAAAACGAGACUAAACAAUCCAUAUGUUUAGGGAACCAGAAAAGUCCCCUGGUCUGUCCCUUCUCUGAGGAGCAGGGCCUCGGCAGCUCCAGCUCCCGGGACUUACCCUUCUCCCCGACCCCCACUGCCUUGUGUACCUGUGUCACCCCCAGGGGGUCAGUGUUUGUGUCUGUGUCUGUGAUGGGGAGCCACCUUGCACCCCUGUUGUCUGCUUGUUGUGUCUUUUAUCCUGGGCAGGAUGGUCGCUCUCAAGAGCCUUAGAGUCCUGAGCCAGCGAUAGGCAGGGACCAGUCCAGGGCCCCCAGACCUCCCUAGACCCUGAGUACAAAUCCCACUUGAACACAGGGAUGAACACCAGUCUUGAGAUAGGUCUUCCCCUUGAUGGGGAGCCUCAGACCUCAAAGGUGAUGGCAGGGUACAAAGCACUGGAUGGGUGGCAGAGAUCAAGUCUCAGAGCUUCAAAUUAACAAGCUACACAAAAUAUCCCAGGUGGGCCUGAAGGACUCCAGACCCUUCAGAUGAUGUACCUGGUGGUUUCAUAACCUCUCUGGGUCCCAGAAUGGGCUCAGGGCUUUUCAGCACAACCCAGUGCCCUCCAGGCUGGGCUGGCUUAGUCUGGGCGCACCUCCCAGUUUUCUCCUUUCUGUUCCCAGGCAGCAGGAUUUGGGGGCUUCCAGAGGUGGAGACAAGAGGGGAUCACUUCUGCCUGGCACAUAUCUGACUCUGUCCCCACAAAUCCCAGGGGGAUGUAAUGACUGUCAUUUCUGAUGCAGACCUGCCUGUGAGGAAAAGGCUGUGGGUGACCUUGAAAGGAUGCUAUGCAUAGCAUACUCAUGGGAGGACAGAACAUGUGGAAUGCUCAUGCAGGGGAAAGGAUGUCCACCUGAUAUGCCUGGAGGAGGUGUGUGUGACCCAAGGGAUGAGAGGAUUAAGUGUAUUACUCAGAAAUGCAGUGUACAUGUGGCACACUGGAGGGAGGUACCAAAAUUCACACACACACACACACACACACACACACACACGGCAUGGGAGGUGACUGAAGAUAGAAUAGACAGAAUGAGGUACAAGGGGUCAUGCACUACCCACGUGAGCAUGUGUAAUCUUGGGGAGUCUCCAGGCUCCAGGGAUCUCCAUGUGCUUAUCCCAGUAAUGGGACAGAAUUUCCAAAGUGACUGUCCUCCAUUCCAGGUCCAAAGCACUGGACAGUGUCCUUGGCAACAAAGCUUCAUGGGGCAUUUCUUCAAUGGAAGCAAGAAGUCUAUAGGCCAUCCCAGUCAUAUGACAGAAAGAGAAAGUGAAAGCAGGAAACAAACAGAAGGGUUGCAGUGCAGGGCCCCUGGGUGCUGUAGCUGUAGCUGUUGUGCAAACCAGCCAUCUCAAAGGCUUGUAACUAGAGUUAAGUGGCAUGACGUUCCCAGCCCCAGGAGUGCCCAGCAUCCAGCUGUCAGGGUUGCCCAUCCACAGCUCCACUUUUCCAUCUGUCUAAGGUUCUGCCAGCCCCCGAAUGUACCAGGAAGCUAGAAGUCAGAAUGACUCCCAUGAGAAUGCCUCCCAGGUCAGAGGAUAUGCCUCCCAACACAUGUCCCCUGCUCUAGCCCCCAUUCCUGCUGCCCUGUUUCACCAGAGAGAGAACGGAAGUGCUCCUGCUUGCUCCAGGACGGGGCUGGGGAGUCCUACUGAGACCCAGGUGAGAUGGACCAUCCUGCUCAUGUGGGGGAACCCCUUUCCCAUAUUUGUGCUCUGUCUUUGUUGCUCUGCUUCCUUUAAAUGUGUCAGUACCUGGGGGAGGGGAGGGUCACUUCCCUCCCCUUGAACCUGACCAAAAGCCAUGGCCGUGCUCCCCACUUUGUAUGACGCAAAUGCUAAGAUGUACAAAACCAACAAAGAAAAGACCUUGUACAGCA